AUGCCUGAACGGCUAGUCGUCGAGAACACGGGCGCUCUGCGCCGAAAAGACACCACCAAGGGUCCACCGCUGCGCAUCCUGUCGCUAGAUGGCGGUGGAGUGCGCGGCUACUCGAUGCUGAUCCUCCUGCAGGAGCUCAUGCACCGAACCUUUGUCGAGAUCGAAGGCCGAGCUCCCAAGCGAAACGAAAUCCCCAAGCCAUGCGAUCACUUUGACCUGAUCGCGGGCACCGGCACUGGCGGGCUGAUCGCCAUCAUGCUCGGUCGCCUGCGGCUCGACCUUGAAACAUGCAAGGAUGUCUACGUGCGCAUGACGAAGCGCGUCUUCGAAACCGACAAGACCAUCGCCGGCAUACCCUACCGCUCCACGCUGUUCAAGGCCUCGAAACUCGAAGAGGCCAUUCGCGAGUGUGUGCGCCAACACACGACGUACGAAGAGGAGGGCAACGAUGUGGCGUCCGCGUCAUCCGCCGACCUUUCCACUCCCCGCAGCCCAGCCUCGCCAAGGUUCUCCCACGACGAACAGCCUCACCGGAGCUCGAGUACGGCCAGCAGAUACAGUCAGAUUGGCAUGACGCCUCUCCACCCACGCGCUCCCUACGGCUCCAUGCGCUGGGGCAAUCCGAACGCCCUUCUUUACGACCACAGAGAAAACCGCACCAAGACCGCCGUCACGGCAGUGUACCGCGGAACUCGUAAGAACGGUAACGCCACCAUGCUUAGGUCUUACGAUUCCCGGGCCGAACUAGCACCCGAUUUCGACUGCACUAUUUGGCAAGCCGGCCGCGCAACUUCCGCGACUGGCCUCGCCUUCAAGCCCAUCCAAAUCGGGCAAUCCGUCUUCAUCGACGAGGGCGCCGGAAAGUACAACCCUGCUCCCCAGGUACUUGAUGAGGCUGUGUGCAAUGAGUGGCCUGGACGAGAGGUCGGAGUGUUUGUCAGCAUCGGCACGGGAAAGAGGCCGCCGGGAACCAGCAGCCAGCAGCAUCUUUGGUGGGAAGGCUUCGUUGGACACGGCAUGGGAGACUUUGCUGAGGCUCGGAGGCGCCUGAUCUCCAAGAUUGAAGGCUGCGAGGACACGCACAAGUACAUGAUCAAGGAGCACCUGAGCAGGCGCGGCGUCAACAUGCAGAAUUACUACCGCCUGAACGUGGAAGUGGGUGUCGGAGAAUUCGGUAUGAACGAGUGGAGCCGGCUUGCAGAGAUCAGCACCAACACCCGGAUGUACCUGGCCAGGCCCGACGUGCAGGGCAUCAACUUGGACGCAGCCUGCAAAAUGGCCAAGAUUUACAAGGCGAAGAGUCGUUGGGAGCGCCAGCUGCGUGGCGUGAAGGAGGACGCAUUAGACGGCGGAAAACCAGAAAAACACCUGCCAAAUCUGCCCUCGCCGCCUACGAACAUCAUGGCCGUCGAGCUCCCCGCCGAGGACGUGGUACUUCCCCCGCAGCCGCUUUCUCCGAGACAGCGUCCGCAAUCAGAACAAUUCCUCUCGCCCAUGAACUUCCAGCACCUCUCGAUCGACGAGAAAAUCCCCGCUCCCAUCGUGGACGACGACGACUACGCCGACUUCCCCAUUCCCGUCGACAGCGAACCCGAGGCGCGACACUCGGUCGAGCUGCAUUCGCCCCACCGCAGCUCCAACGGCUCGUUCGUGCCCUCGCCGCGCCGGAGCGCCGAGAAUGGCAGGCACACGCCGCCUCCUCUCCCGCCAAAGACCCCGCUACCAUAUCCGGAUCGCGACGGCAUGGGCAGCCUCCCGGGCAGCCCGACCGCGGCGAUGCCGGUGCAACGCCCGCCUAGCCGCGCUCCUGGCGGCUUCCUGCCGUAUCCAGACACGGACGGCCCGCCGCCGAUGGUGAACAUGGCGCGGAAGCCAGAGUACGGGGUCAGGUGA